AAUGAUCACUUGCAUUUGCAUUCAUCAGAUAAAAGCUUUAUUUGGAUGUUGGAGCGAAAUGAAUGGCUGAUGUUAUUAGUCACAAGCAGCUGCAGGCUCGGUGUGAUGGACCAUGAGAUGCAGGUGGGAGGGCGCUGACUCAAACCGAAAUGUUCUGUGUACGCCGGACGCCAUGUAAUCAAAAUGUCUUCACGGAUGGCAUUUAGCGAAGUUCGGGAAGAGCUUCGGGCUGUUCAGCACUUGCCUGCCUUUCACGUGAUCACAGAGCUCCCUGCUGGCCAUCAGCGAUACUGUCACUCUCUGUGUGAACCCUGCGUUCAUUUUUCCUACGAAUGGUGAGUUGGGAUUGACCUGACAGGGGGACGACUUCGGGUACUGGUCGCCAGUCGGUCGCAGCCACGCAGGGCACCGAGAGAGAGACAGCCGUUGUCACGCACAUUCUCACCACUGUCAGUGACUGCGAACCGUGCGACACUUUGACCGAGCAACAGUCAAACCGAAAGCUCUGUUCAAGCUCAAGGCAAGGCAAUUUAUUUUGAUCGCUCAUUUCAUACACAGGUAAAUGAAUUUGUCUGAAUGUGCUUCACCUGAUUACAUUCAAAAUAUCUAAAAGCAUUUAAACCAGAACUUUCACGCACCAAGCACAGAAAUAAAAGAUGGCUUGAAAAUGAAGUUCCGUUCAAGAAAAAAAUCACUAAAAAACGUUUUCAAGAGCUCGCAGAAUAGUUUUUGUAUCAAUUGAAGUCUGAAAAAAUAGAAGCUUCGCUCCAGCGAGCAGGAAAUGGACUUUUGUACUUUCUGGCUAUAAAACAAUUCAAAUUAUCCUCGUGACGGAGGGCCGAAGGGCACUGCGGCUCUUUGUAGAGUGAAUACUCGAACGUUGAGACAGACGCCAUCCUCACAAGAACCAUGGCCGGCCAAGUUGAGGACAGCCUCCAAUGUCCGCUCUGCUUGGAGAUCUUUCGAGAUCCUGUCCUGCUUCUGUGCAGUCACAGCUUUUGUGGCGCGUGCGUGCGGCAGUGGUGGAAGGAGAAAGGAGAUCUGUCGUGUCCGGUAUGUCGGGCGGAGUUUGCCUUGAUGGAGCCACCUAUGAACUUGGCGCUGAAGAAUGUGUGCGAGGUCUUUUCGCAAGCCUCGGUGGGCUCCCAGGACCUCUGCGGGACGCACGGGGAGAAACUGAGACUCUACUGUUUGGACCACGAGGAGUCGGUGUGCCUCGUCUGCAGAGAUGCGAAAAUCCACGCCGGCCACAAGUUUUGUCCCCUCGAUGAAGCCGCGCAAGAUCGCAGAGGCCAAGUCCAGGAAGCCCUGCUGGGCGUGAAGAAAACCUUGCAGCAUUAUAUCAACCUGAGAGAGAACUACAACGAGCAAGCAGAGUACAUCCAAGUCCAAAGGGAGCGGAUUGAAAGAAAGAUUCAGAAGGAUUUUGAGGAGCUGCAUGCCUCUCUGCAGUUGGAGGAGGAGGCCAGAUUGUCUGCUUUGAGAGAGGACGAGCAGAAGAAUAGUCGGAUGUUGAAGGAGAAAAUUAAGGCUCUCGGCCAAGACAUCGCCACUCUCUCAGACAUGAUCGCAACCAUGGAGCGGCAGUUGACCUCUGACUCCCUUUCCUUCAUGAACAACUACCGGGGGACCAUGGCCAGAAUCCAGCAAGGGCCCGACAGGGCCCGGCUACCCAAAGGAGCUCUGCUGGACGAAGUCAAACACGUGGGAAACCUCAAGUUCAACGUGUGGGAACGAAUGACGGACACGGUCCGCUUCAGUCCCCUCCUUCUGGACCCCAACAUGGCCGGUCCGGAACUCGCGCUGUCUGAAGAUCUGACCGCUGUGAGUUUUCAAGUCGGACAGUGCCGUCCAAAGAACCCGGAGCGGAAUCAGAAGUCCCACAAAGUGGUGGCUUCUGUUUUGUUCCCAGCUUACAGCUGGGAAGUGGAGGUGGGAGACAACACCGAUUGGGAAGUGGGGGUGCAGUGGAAGAGUUCUUUGCCUCCAUAUGAAAUGCGGGUUAUGGGCCUUCGAUUUUGUGACGGCAAAUACCAAAUUCUGCCAUCUAAAGCCUGGCACCCACUGGAGAAACUGGAGAGGAUUUGCGUGUCCAAAGUAUGCGGAUUCUUUCUAUUCUCCAACGCUCUUACACAAACCAAAAUCCUUGUGCAGAGAUUACUUGUUUUGGAGUUUGUGGAAGCAUUUCCUUAUUUCUCCACAAGGUGUGCAAUUCCUCUGAAAAUCCUCCCAAUUCAACCUCAAGUUAAGACUGAAAUCAAGUGAUAAUGGUCGCUCCCACAAUUGUUUGAAAUGGCAGGGGGGCGUCCCCAUUCAGUAAAAGCUCAUGAAAGAUUGUAAAAUCAUUGAAGUCUGAUUUGUCAUUUUGCAUGAUUACUGUUUUGUUUUUUCUUUUGUUCUUUUUAUUUUUCCUCCAACGGAGAUUUUACAUGCUCUGACCUGUUGGAGAGUAGACAUUGUUUUGGAGCAUGAAAGAAAAAAAAUAAUCUUCAGUUCACCUUUUUAGUGAUCAGAGUUUUAGCGUCUUCUUUUUUUUUCCCCACAUGCGAUCUUUUUCAAUGAACAGAUGUUGUUGUGUGCAUCUCGUCACCACCAGGUGUCAGACACCAUUCAUCCCAAAGAAUUGAACUUUGCGCUUGGACCCGUGGACUGAGAAGUAACCACGUCAUCAAUGUACCGUAAAUACAUUUAAGAGAAAACGUG